AUUUCCAAUUUACGAAUUUCUAAAUGGAUGUGAAAUUGGUAUCGGAAAUGAGCUAACAAAGAUUUCUCUAAUAGUGUUUAAAGUAGUGUAAUUAACAUAGUUAAAUAGCAAUCGUUAAGGAGUUCAAAUAAUAUAUGCUAGUAAAUGUUAUAGCUAAAAAUUAACUGUAUUUUUGAAAAAGUAACAAUGGAUCCGGGUAUUCUUUGUUUCCACCAUUGUGAUCACAAAGUAUUCUGUACAAUUAUCCCAGAACAAUGCCCCGUUUGCCAACAGAAACUAGAUAGAUACGACUACAAUCUCUUGCCAUUUCGAGUUCCAUAUCCGUUCGUUAAGGCCUCGCAGCAUCCUCGAGCGAUAGUAAUGAAGCCAACCCAUGGAGACUUUCUUAAUGACUAUUACAAUUCUAAAGAUUUACACAUAGGAGUCACCAACUCCCAAGGAUGUGUAAUAGAGUUCAGUGAACAGGGAAUAAGUGGAAUAGAUCCCGCUACUAAGAAAUGGAGUGGAGGAGACACAAGUAUACACUGGGACCAAUGCCUUUUGUUAGAGCAGUUUGAUGAACUUUGGAAUGAAAUAUGGGAUGGAGUUCUCUUAAAGGUCAGCCAAAGCCCUCUAUGGGAGCCGGAGAGAUACAAUGAGGAGAGACACAACUGCUUCACUUUUGUUCUCACAUUUUUAAGGGCCCUUGACUGCGGGGAACUGUCAGAAAAAGCCCACGAUCCCAAACUAUUUUGUAAGCAAUAUGUAGUUCCCAGAACUUCAGCAGCAGGGAAAUAUAUUUCUCUCUAUAGGCAGCUUAAAAGACAGAGCUAUUUUAUUCAAAAGCAAUGAUUCGUAAGGUCUCCUAUUUAUUUAUUCAGUAUUAGCUGUGAUGGUCGUAAUUUAUGUUGUUUGAUUUGGCUGCAUUUAACAAGACCAAAAGAAAUUACUUCAAAAGAUAAAAUUAAUGUUUUUGAAGUUUAGACUUAAUAAGAACAGACUUUUCUUGAAAAGUUUCUUUACUUAGUAUCCGACUAUAUUAGUAUUUUAUUGCAUAAUAUUAAUUUCAUAUUAAGUAAAAACAAAGACUAUAAAAGCAUGAAGUGAAUUGCAAUUAUGUGGACAUUUCACAAUUUAUAUUUGUCUUCCGACAUUGUUAGAGUUUUGAUAACACUGAGGUUUUGCCACUUUUAUACCAAUUUACAACAUUGUAGUUUCUAGGUAAAUACAAUAAUUGCACUAAGCACAUAUUAAAGUAAGUAAAUUAAAAUUUUUAAGUAUAAUUAUCUAUUUGUCGCAAUAUUUAUGUUGAGUUAUUUAUUUAUUCAUUACAAGAAUAAAAUUCAAAUUUAGCUUCUAGGUAUCAAACUAUCAAAUAAUAAUUUGAGAAGAGGUUAUCAUUAUUAUCUGUGAUGUAUGAAAUUAUCAAUAUGAUUUUGUUUUGAAAUGUGAGUAACAUAAGUCAAGAUUCAAAUUACUUUUAUUUUAACUUAUAGUACUUAACAGAAUAAAAUGGAGAUAGCUCAAACUGAAUAAAAUGUGAUUGCAGAGAUUUGUUAAACAAAAAGUAUGAAAGUAAGUUAUUAUAGUACUGACUACUGACACUAUAUUAUAAUAAAGAUUCAUUCAUAUCGCAACGUCGCGAGAUGCUGUAAUACAUUUUUGAAUGAGCUAUUCGACUUAUUCCCAGGAAAACCGAUGGACCGGAAAGUUAAUGUGAUGUGUUAUUUUGUCUAAUAAAUAAAAUUAAGUUUUGAAGUUUCAUUUAAAAAUGCAUUGCCGUGCAUCAACAUUCAACGCGUUACACUACAAUGUAAAAUGACCCUUACACGGCAAGGCGUAGUUUAGAUGUUAGCAAAACUCUGUAUUUACGUUUUCAUUCACUGUGAAGAAAUUUUUCCGGCCUUUUAAAAUAUUAUGUUCUGCUUUAUGAUGGUUUUAUAAACUUUUGGCCUAAAUCUUUAAUUGAACUGUAUAAAAAUUGUAACUGAUAACUGCCAGUAGAUGUAGAUAUUUAAUUUUAAGAUAUUGAGUCAUGAGUGUUUCCAAGUAGAUGUGUAUCCUAUUGUUCGUUGCAUGCAACAAUGGACAUUUUGUAUGAAUAAGGUUUCUCACAAAUCACAAUUUUAAACAUAAGACAAUAGGAGAUACUUUUGUUCAUGUCUUGUGUUGUGUGUUUAUCCUUAAAUAAUUUUGUAUUUCCAAAUAAUUCCAAUCCUUUAAAUAUAGAUUUACAGUAAAGAUUGAUUGUCAUUCUAGAAUCUCGUUUCUUUCUAAAAAACGAAGUUUGUUGAGGAGCUCUAUAAAUGAUAAAGUCUACUGUACAAUAUAUUCUAUAUUAUAACCACAUUCUUUUUUGAAGUAGGAUAAAAGCAAUACAAACUAACGUAAGAAUUCUAUCAAAUUGGUCGUACUUGUUUUAUAUUAUUGUUCUUAUAUUGCCUGUAGUGUUAGAAAAAUUGCUCAAUUCUGAACCUUUUGACAAUGUCUCAUUAUAACUAAGUCUUACAAACUUGCCAAUAGGAAUUUGAUAAGGAAUUUAUAUUUGUCCAUUUCUAUACGGUACUGAUCUGUCGCUAUACUCUUGAGUCUUGACUAGAUAAAUUUUAGGUGCUACAGUAAGAAUAAACGAAUUUCUUA